UAACCAAAAUUUGACUGUGAAAAUGUUGUGAUAUUUGUUCUGAUAUAUUCUAUGCAAUUCUAUGCAAGUUGUAAACCUGCUCGUUUUUUGGACGCUUUUAUUAUGAAAGUUAAUUUUACCAGUUGACAAAACGUAAGCCGUGACAUGGGUCGUCGAGGACGGGAGAAAUUUAAUGUUGGUUCGGCUAGUCGUAGAAGAACAGUCCUUCAAAUUGAACCAGUUUCUCGCAGAAAAGAAAACGAAGGUACUGUUCAACUGAGUUCACGGAAAAGAGAGAUUAAUCCAACAAGCAUUUCAGGUAUUGGACUACUUGGUCAAUAUGCUGAAAACAGUGAUGAAGAUGAAGAACAGCAAGGUUCCUCCAGUGGUGAAGAGAAUACAAAAGAUUUAGAUGAAACAAAACCUAGCGAAAACGUUCAAAUUGACUCGAAACUUGAUGACUUUUUCAAAGAGAUAGAAGCAAUAGGCACCGAAGAUUCUACGUCAACGGAAGUGUCCGGUCAAACUGUAACUCGGGAUUCAACAAGCCUGGAGGAACAAGCAGAUGGGAGUGCAGUUUAUCAAAACGUUAAAGACUACGUUCUGCCUGAACCAUGGCAAGAAGUAUGUGAUCCAACCACAAACUAUGUCUACUAUUGGAAUACGCUGACCAAUGAAGUGUCCUGGGAAUUGCCACAUAUUUGUGGGCCUACCGAGAUGCAAAUAUCUACAGUGGAAAAUGUGCAACAGUCUAGUCUAUCAGGAAAUCAAUUAGUUCAGGAUAACCAAGAUGAAUAUCAAUCAUCUUCAAGCGAUGAAGAAAAUACCGCUGAACCUAAUGAUAAUACCAUGCAAACUGCUGAUCACGCUGAAGGUGUACAUAAGGUUGCUGUUGAACUAGAGGAAUCACCAAUCCUGGGAACAGCCAUUAUACUUCCCGGUAGCACAUCAGGGCUAGCAAAGAGGGAGAUAGCAAGUUCAUCGCCUGAUAAUCUUAUUGCUGAACGUUUGGAUCAGAAUUUGAAUAAUACGUCUUUAAAAUCGAAUGAACAGUGUGAAGGUCUAAAACCUGAAUCCUUGAGUAUAUCCCGUAAACGUGAAAGAUCCGAAGAGGUGGAUAUAUUUGAGGCUAUAGCAGACGAGGGGGACGAUAAUAGUAAAAAGGAACAAUCGUCAGAAUAUUGGGAUGAAGAGAAGAGAAAAAACGCUGUCGGUGAAGAAAUGCCUGAAUACAAUCCUAUGCCAGAUAAUAUUUCACCCAGAAAUUCAACCGAUGAACAAGAUGACGAUAAAUCAGUUGAUGUUGAAUCGGAUGGUGAAGAAAGAAAAAAAUGCGACAAGUCUAAAAGGCCUAUGUUGGAUGACAUCAAUAAUGAUGAUACUGAUCCCAUCGUACCGGCAAAAAAGGUGAAAGUUAAUGAAGAGAACGAUGAAGACGAGUCCGAAGAGGAUUUCGCGGAAAAGCUUUUGGAAGAAUUUUUCGAGGGUAAAGCUGGUGAUAAUGUCACCUCUGGGGAUGACAUGGACGUAGAGAGUGAUGAACAGCAGGAUCUUCAUGGACCAAAGUCCCUACUACCGCCCGAAGCAUUUUUACCUAACCAAGCAGAUAGACUUGUUGAAGAGGGUAGUGCUUCGCCUGCUGAUGUUUCUCGAUCACGAGUUAAUGUCGAUAAAAUUGCAGAAGAGGAAAAUCAAAAAUUAACGACUGAAAUCCACGAUCUUUGUCAGUUGUUGUCCAACAAACUGGAAUUCCUCAACAUUAACAAGGAUGGUGUGAACAAGCUAUUGAUAGUAUUAAUACAAAUGGAGACAAGAAUUAAAGAUUGGCGUGAGGGCAAUCUCAGCAGCGCAUAUAUGGUGAAAAAACUACGCGAUGCAGCCGAGGAAUUAAAAAGUUAUGAACAAUCGGCUAUACCACAAGGAUGGAGCUGCAAUUGGGACAGCACUUAUAAGAGAUAUUUCUACACAAACGACAAAACUGGCGAAUCACAAUGGGAUUACCCACAAACGCCGUCUGAGACGUUUCCAAUUGAAAAACAGAAAGUCGUAUCAGAAACUAACAUAAAAGAAAGCUCGUCGUCGUACAGCGUGUCAAAGUCUUCUAUAGAAAGCCAUAUAUAUCACCCAAAUAUCCUUCAAAACGCUACAUAUCCAGUUGUAACAGUCUCUCCGAGUACCUCUGUUUCAACGCAUAUUGGUCCAGGAAUCUCCAGCUUUGGAUUGUCCAUGAAUGAAACCAACUGCAAUAUGUUCUCGAGUACUGUUAAUCCUGAUCCUAACAAUGCAAACGUAUAUCCAGCUUUUCAGCCGACGCAAAAUCCGAUUCCAACUGACGUCACAAAAGAUCCCUAUAGACUCGACGAUGACAGCCCUCCUGCACCCGGAAGCACCACAGAGCAUGAGGUCACACCAACGCCUCCGGGAUCGUCUUCACCCCCGCCACUUCCAAACGAUUUGGAAACGAUCGCCCCACCACCCCCACCACAGGAACCACCUCCUGUUUCAGAGGAUUGCAAACAGUCUAUCCAAACUGAGCAUGUAGAUAAAGGCGGCAAGAUAAAGGCAAGUCCACCUCAUCUAACCAACGUUAAUAGUCAAGGAAGUCGGAGUUCAGGAUCAUCUCCUGUCCCUGUGCAGCCAAUUACGAAGCAAAAAAAGAAAAAGUCGAAAUCGUCUGGCGCCAUUCGAACUUCCAAAGUAAAACAGAUGUCGUCAUUAGUACAAAAAUGGCAAGCUAUCAAAAGGCAAGAGGAGGUUCUGUCUGAAGACGAAAGUGAUGAGGAACAUAGCGCAGCUAAAAAUGAAGCACAGAUAGAACAGUGGCGACAGGAACAAAUCAAAAGUGGGAUGGCCGUAGACAAUCCAAAUUUUGAAAAGAUUACAGGGGACUGGCGUGAACGUGUACGUAAGGCGAAAUUACGUGCUUUAACCGAUACUAAAUAGUCCAAAUAUGCAUUCCAUUCUGUAAUGAAGAACAUUACUUGUAUGCGAACUUUUUUUUUCAUUGCGCUCAUGCAAGCAUUCAAAUUACAUAUAUGUUAUUUACCGGCUGUGAGGUCAGGAUACAACGGCCGGACGUUUUUUUGAGACCGAGGGGAAAUAUUUCUCUAUCCGGGCCGAGCAAAGCGGUAAAUAACGUAUUUAUUUUUCUUACAAAAAGUAGCGUUCGGUCGUAUUAUCAUUGACAUUGUGUAGUCAGCCUCAUGCAGCAAUGGCGACAAAAACAUAACCAAUCAAAACCUGAACUGGUUAAUUUACUGAAUUUCACUUCAAUUAAUCGUGAUAAUCAUUUGGUCCAUACAUUUUAAAAAUCUUCAGAAAAACAAAACAAAUACGCUUUCGGUGGAGCAUAAAGUAUAGUUUUGGAACGUGAUCAGAUAUCGUAAAAUUCCGCCCGCUGCUACAACCAAUCAGAUUGCAGGAAAGGCUAGGAUUCCUCCCACUGCUGAUUUGUAAAAAAAUAAAAUAGGAUACUUUCUGGUUUCCUUUUUUGUGAAAUGAAAAAUAUAAAAGAAACGUUAACUUGUGUAAAGAUGUACAGUAUACAAUAUAGAAUAUUAUUUAAUCUCUGUAGAAUAUUGUAAGUCAUGUAAAGCCUUCCAGCAACCAUAUGAAUGAAACUGGUUAGCGAAUUAAAGUUUUUUAGAAGUCGAAUUGUGACGGCACUUUCCACCGUCGUAUGGAACUCCAGAUUCAGGGCCUUGAAUGCCUAGGUUCUUAACUGAUUUAUACAUAGUUCAAUAAAGGCAUAAAAAAAUGGCUAGUAUAUCCACCAUGCCUUAAUUCCAAUGUAUAUGGUCCGACUGCGUGAUCCAGGUUCGUUUAUAUAUCGAUGUUUCUCUAGCAAUAAUAAUCAUUGUUAGACUCUGAGUUGACGAGGGCUACGUAUGUCUUUACCAGGGAUAGGAUUGCGUUUAUUAGGUAUUGUGUGUAAAAAAACUAAUAUUACAGCUGCUAUAGUUAUGUAUGUGCAAGAAAAUGAUUAAAUGAAUACAUGCAUAUGCACUUCCUACAACAGCGUGUCAUUAGU